AGCCUUCACGCUUCCGGAUUUGUCCGUCCUUAAGUCCUCCUUGCGUGAUUUGCAGUUUCGUUUCGCUCGAUGCCUUUCAUUUUAACCCCACAUUGUGGCGCUUGUAACGCUCUGUCUGUCUUCCUCGAGUGCGGAUGUUCUUGCUGGUCGUGGGUGGCGUCAGAGUGAUUCUCACUGUGUUUUACCGUGAUCAUCGUCAGUGGAAGCACAAAUGUGGUGUAUCGAGUGAUUAUGUGUUGCUGGGUCCUCUCACUGGAUCCUGAAUCCUAUUUUACUCUGCUGGUUAUAUUGGGUUUAGGUGAAAAAAUUACUCGGAAUUUAUACCGAGUUGUGCGAUUUAUACAGUGAUGGCAAGAGAAGUGUCGAGGUUUUGCAACAAGCAAGAGAGGGUUAUUGUUAUUAUUUUUCUUAUGAGUGCGACAUUGCGUUACUUUGGUGAAGUGCUACCAGCUUCUUUAUCUCUUUCACAUUUUUCAAUGAAGGGAUAAAGUGCCACAUUUAUUUGUUUUUAAUUUUUUGGUUGAGCUUCAAUUGCUGGAACAAUGUCGCGAGAUUUAUAGAGACUGGGUGUGAUUCGUACUUUUUUUUUUUUUUUUUUUUUUUUUUUUUAAAUUGUUGGUGGUUCCUGUGGUCCUGUGGAACCAUGGAAGCCAUCCGCGUGCCCGGUAAUUUUCCCAAAAGUUCUUGUGACCUAGCGCAGGGGUGGGCUUCUCCUCAACAUACUUCCAGCUGUUUGCGCAAGCACUCGGACGUUGGAACCUCUUCACUUACUCAUCCUCUGAAGAAUCUUAACUCGCAGAGUGGAAGAUUCAAAGCUGUUUUCGAGGGUGGGCGAUCCUCACAAUUUUUGAGGAGAUUCAAUAGAAAUCAACUCCUGUCAUGGGAUAGCUACACAGGACAUGGCGGUCCAGCAUAUAAGCUUGGGGCAGCUAAUAGUAGAAUUUCCGAACCGGAGAUGAAACAGGGAAGCUCAGGAAGCGUGGGUUUUAGUUUUGAACGUAAGAAUUUUCGCAGCAUUGCUUCUAUUAGGGUUUUGGGAGAGCACAGCAGCACGAAUGUGUGCAAAUCUGAUUCGUUUAAUUGGGUAUUGAAGGGUAGAAAUCGAUUUUGUUUGACUCCAAUCUGCGGCGUUGAGAACAGAGUUGCUUUGGAGGUCGUCCUUGAGGCUCCACCCCCCAACUCACCCUUACAUUCUCCUGAGGCAGCUGCAUUAGAAUCCGCCAGCUACCUUGAAUCUUUAUCAUCGCCAAGGGCAGAGCUAGGUAACAGAAGCUCCAAGGCGACCCAAACGCUAACGUCUUUGAAGAAGACAAUACUACAUUCUAGUGCUUUGACGGAUAUGAGUCCCUUCAGGCCAGGACACCUGGUUGAAUGUUUCGAAGUUGAAGGAAGAAGAAGACUUUCCGGAGAGGUGAACAUUUCAGGGGCGAAAAACUCUGCUCUGGCAGUGCUUGCCGGUGCUAUUUGCUCCGAAGGACAAGUGUAUCUGGAGAUGAUUCCUGAUCUCCACGACGUUCGCCGCAUGUUUCAAGUCUUACAAUCCGUAGGAGUCAAAGUGCAAAGAGCUUCUAGUGGGUUCAUGAUUGAUGCAAAGGAUUUAACAUCGGUAGAGCCCUGUUCGGAAGCCGUGCGGAAAUUGAGGGCUAGCUUCUUUGUGAUAGGUGCCCUUUUGGGCCGGAAAGGAGAGGCUGUUGUGCCACUUCCUGGAGGUUGUAACAUUGGGGCACGUCCUAUUGAUCUUCAUGUUCGAGGUUUGGAAGCUCUUGGUGCUGAUAUUGAGAUCAGGCAAGGUAAAGUCUUCGGUCGAGCUCUCAAUGGCAGAAAUCUCACUGGUGGCAGUUUCUUUCUGGACUAUCCUAGCGUCGGUGCUACCGAGACGCUUAUGAUGGCAGCUGCUCUCGCAGACGGCCACACCACGUUAUCUAACGUCGCUCAGGAACCAGAAGUAGUAGAUCUUGCAAAUUUUUUGAACUCAUGCGGAGCAUGUAUUCAAGGAGCUGGAACGAACACUUUAAGCAUCAGUGGUAUACGGAAACUUCAUGGCACAGAGUACUGUGUUAUACCCGAUCGGAUUGAAGCUGGAACUUUUUUAAUAGCCGCCGCAAUUACUCGAUCUUCAAUAUCCAUGAAUCCAGUCAUUCCUAAACAUUUGGCAUCAGUGAUAGAAAAACUUCGCACGAUUGGUUGUCAAAUACAAGUAACAAGGUCCGAUUCACUUCGGAUUAAUUGCGCUGAGAUGCUCAGAAGCUGCAAUGUGAAGACCCUUCCUUAUCCAGGCUUUCCUACUGACUUGCAACCGCAGCUGAUGUCUCUUCUUACCACUUGCUCUGGGCAAAGUGUUCUAGAAGAGACCGUUUUUGAGGGUCGCAUGCGUCAAGCGGAGGAGCUGCAGAAGCUUGGAGCCCAGAUAAAAAUGAGUCGAAACAUUGCCAUCAUAAAUGGCAAAGAGACUGGCAGUUUACUGUAUGGAGCACCUGUCUUGGCAACUGAUUUAAGGGCAGGAGCAGCUCUUGUCUUGGCAGGAUUGUCGGCAGAGGGAACUACAUAUAUAGAGGGAAUCAGUCACAUUGAUCGCGGAUAUGAGAAGCUUGAUCUAAAAUUGCGUCUCUUAGGUGCUUCGAUACAAAGGGCACCUUGUCUUCCUGCGGAGCUGACGCUGGAAUAAUUUGAUUUUGUAAACAUUAACUUACCCUUCUGUGUACUCAACUUAACUUGUAUUCGUGUGAACUGGGAGACAAUACUUCACCCUCAGAUAUAGCAUUGCAUCACUGAUUUAGAAUAGUUUCCCAUUAUGUUUGCUCUAUUAAGUUUGCCCUGGCGAUUUCCCUGUCCUGAGCUGCUCUCAUUUUCGUACCCACAAAAGUUUGUCCAAGUACGGGCCAUUGUGUUUUAUUUUCCUGUGUACGACUCUAAUCAUGUAGGAAUUUCUGGUUGUGAGGCUUGGAUCAAGCUCUGCAGAUCGCGAAUUUUUGACUGAAUAAAGAAUCCAUGUUUAAGUUUUCUA